GGCAUCAAAAUCACCAAUUCACUCAUCAUCUGCUCUCUCUCUCUCUCUCUCUCUCUCUCUCUUCUUCUUCUUCUUCUUCGAUCAUCAAUGGACGCUGUCCCUGCACCACCGCCUGCGGCCGAAACUACACCUACUCUCUCUCCGCCCAUCUCCACCCAGGAACCCAUCGACGCCCUCAAUUCUUCUAUCCCUGACCGUGCGCGUCCGCCGGCCGAAACUCCCUCCCCAUCCUCAAAGCCCGUCGGGGAGAAGACCAAGAUCAAGAAAAGGAAGAAACUUAAGGGUGUCUCCUCGGAUGCAGCGUCGUCGUCUUCAGCUCGUCCUCUUCGGCGUCCUGCCGAGAGGGGCCCUCGCGCUCCGUGCAGACGCCGAGGCCCUCGGGUUAUGCUCGGCACGGCGCAGUCCGCGGGUUUGGAGGCCAUCGCGCUUUCUCUUGGAGUGUCUUUUGCUGCUGUUGUUGCUCAGGUCCUGGAAAGGGAAUAUACUACACGAGAAAAGAUGUCUGUCGAUCAUCUCUCACAGAUUUGUACUUCUGCUGUCAGAGAAUCGUUAUCCAAUGAAUUUGGCAACAAAUUUGCCCGUCUUGCGAGCAUCUUUGAGAUGUCUUUCGGGAUCGCUUUACGGACUCUUAGGUUGAUUGGUGAAUCCUCAUCACAAGAGGAAGUGUAUCAGUUGGACCAGCAAGAUGUUACAGUUACAACAUCCAACAUGAGUCCACGGGAGUCUAUGGACGGAGGAAGUUGUUCAAGCUCUUUGAAAGAGUGCAGAACAGAACAGGUUUUGUGCCAUUCUAAUGGUCCCAAUCAUCUAAACAUGUUAGAGGGGGCACAACAACAUUUUCAAGGAGAUUCUAUGAAUUGCCAGAUUAGCCGACAAAGAGAGGAAAAUCAACUUGCUUGUAUUUCUCGUAGCAGAUCUGGACCUCUUAUCAGCCAGCCCAUAAGAAGUACCUUCGAGAAAUCCGUCCUGGAACAGACUCGAUCUAAUGACCUUAAAGAAUUGGAACUUGGUCUUGCUGUGAAAAAGAUGACGCUAAAAGAAGCGCAGCUCUCUCUCACUUAUGAUGCGAAUCAUCUAGAGAGAUCAAAGUUGGCCAUGGGCAUAUCAAAAGCGUCCUUCAAGGCGGAAAAGUUCAAGAAUGAAUUAGAAGACGCAAGACAUUCGGAGCUACUUAAAAAGUGCAUAGAUUGUCUUGUUGCUGGUUUGAUUAUAAUGUCACUUUCACUCUUAUAUGGAGCUUAUGUCUUUUCCUACCAAAGAGUUGCUGAAGCUACCGAAUCCUGUUCACCUUCAACCCAGUGAUUUUGAUAAUAGGGACUAUCCUGUCCUCCAAAGGUUUCCUGAUGAUGUCCACUUCUCUCUCCUCAGCAAUCCAGGUCUUGGUGGAUCCCGGAGCCUGUGGUGUCUUUUAAUUCGGGAA